AUGGAAGAGUUCCGCAAGCUGGUGCCCGUCCAUGGUACCCUGUUGAAUCGGGAUGCGCUACUGGAGGUCAUCUAUCCCCGCCAACACUGUCCGGAUGAUGACCUGUCUCUGCGCUACUAUGCGCGGAUGCUGUUCCGCGAGAUCCAGCGAGACGUCGUGCUGCUGCCCAUGUUCCGGGAGUACAUGCAGCGCCCAGCGCAGCAUGUAAACGUGCCCGAAGCCUUUUAUCUGAUGAGCCUCUGGAUGGUCCCGGAGCAAACCAACAACCGAGAGUCCAGUCUUAAGGCCUGCUACAUCAAGGUCGCCGGCCUGGUUUUGGACGAGCUGCGUCGGAAGCUCCCGGAGCACCCGGCCGCCGCCUGGGAUACGUGCAAAAAGAACCCGUUCGGACCUACGCUGUGGACGGAUGACCAGACACUGAUGCUCUUGGACGUGCUGAACAUCGUGCUGUAUGACAGCUUGCCCUAA